AGAUGAUGAAUGUGACUGAGGACUCAGAGUCCAACACGCAUCAUUUCAGCCAGCAAGUGUUAACCACCAUUGUUAUGACAGUCACCUUUCUUGUGGGAGUCCCUGGGAACAUGAUGGUAAUUUGGAUCACUUGUUGGAAAAUGAAACGGACUGUGAACACUAUCUGGUUUUGGAACCUCGCUAUGGCCGAUGUCACCUGUUGUCUUUUUAUUCCGUUGUCCAUUGUUCAGUUAUUCCAUGGCGAAUGGCUGUACGGUCCUGCUCUCUGCAAAAUUCUACCUGUCAUUGUCCACCUUACCAUGUUUGCCAGUGUCUUCACUCUGGUAGCCAUUAGCAUUGACCGAUGCCUUCUGGUUGUCCAACCGGUGUGGGCUCAAAAUAAACGCUCCCUACGAAUGGCAUGGGCCCUAUGUGUGGUUAUUUGGAUGUUGUCCUUCUUGAUGUGUCUACCUGCUGUCCUGCACCGAAAGACCAUCUUAUAUGAUAACAUUACUUUUUGCCUGUAUAUUUAUGAUGAGGACUAUGACGAUGAUGCUAUCGACCAUUCUUUAUCGCAUAACAGCACAGAUGAGGACUACCAAAUUCCUCCUUUGGACAUUACCAUUACUUUUACACGCAUGAUUUUUGGUUUUCUGAUCCCUCUCCUAAUUGUUUCCUCCAGCUACAUCCUUCUGGCUUCAAAGGUGCAAAGUUCCCGGCUUUUCAAGGUUGGAAGGAAAACCACCAAGGUGGUUCUUUGCAUUGUGGUUGCUUUUUUUGUCACGUGGGCCCCCUACCACAUAAUAGGUGUGAUCAUGCUCUACUUUUCUAAUACAAUAGUGGAAACUCUGAAUAGUCUGUCUGUGGCCUUGGUCUACUUGAACAGCUGUAUCAACCCCAUACUCUAUGUCUUCAUGGGGAAAGAUAUGAAGAAGAGGGUGCAACAGUCCGUUCGCAUGCUCAUGCAAAAUGCCUUCAGCGAAGAGGUCUCUAGAAGUACUGAGCGCACCAGGAGCAAACUCACAACUGAAGACAGUAUGGCUUUUUGAGCUCAG